CGGAGGACACGAACAUCCUCGACUACAACCUCCCGAUUACCAUGGCCGCAAACCUGCUGUGGACGUGGCGGUCGGCCGCCAUCGUGGUGGUGUGCAUGCUCGUGGGCUGGUACCUCGCCUUCCUCAUCAUCCCCAUGUUCUUCCUGUACGCGCGCCUGGCCCGCAGAUACCUGCCCGCCACCCGCGACCUGCGCCGCCUCGACGCCGCGGCCAGGAGCCCCAUCAUCGGCAACUUCUCCGAGACCUACAGCGGCGUGUCCACCAUCCGCGCCAUGCGGCAGCAGGACAAGUCGCUCAGGAACUGUGUCCGGCUCCUCGAGACGCAGUGCGAGGCCUACUACCUCAGCAACACCGCCGCCCGCUGGCUGAGCCUCCGGCUGCAGUUCAACGGCACCAUCCUUGUCGGGGCGGUCUGCAUCCUCGGCAUUUUCCUGAGCAAGGACGGUGGCCUCAGCUCCGGCAUCGUCGGGCUGGCGAUCACGUACGCGCUGAAGCUGACCGACACGCUGAAUCAGGUGAACCGCGAGUCCGCGGACCGCGAGACGCAGAUGGUUUCCGUGGAGAGGGUGCAUCAGUACAUGACGGGCACGGCCCAGGAGGCCGCCCUGCGGUCCGAGGCGGGCGUCGUGCCUGCGGGGUGGCCCAGCAGUGGCAGCAUGAAGGUGCAGGAUGUCUACAUGAAGUAUCGCGAGGGGCUGCCCACGGUCCUCAACGGCAUCUCGCUCGACAUCAAGGGUGGCGAGCGGGUCGGCAUCGUGGGCAGGACCGGGUGCGGCAAGUCGUCCUUGCUGAUGACUCUCAUGCGUCUGGUGGAGCCCCAGAGCGGCAGCAUUUGGAUGGAUGGGCUAAACAUCAAGGAUAUCGGCCUCCACGACCUCCGCGAGAAGGCUGCCAUCAUCCCGCAGGACCCAGCCAUCUUGACCGGCACUGUCCGGUUUAAUCUGGACCCGUUCAGGGUCAAGACGGACGAGCAGCUAUGGAGUGCGCUCACGAAGUCGCAGCUCAGGGAGCGCGUCGAGCUCUCGGGGGGUCUGGACAGCAAGGUCGAGGAAGGCGGCGGGAACUACUCGAUGGGCGAGCUGCAGCUCAUGUGCCUCGCGCGGGCGCUGUUGAAGAAGCCCGAGAGCGGAGGCCUGUUGCUUCUCGACGAGGCCACGAGCGACCUCGACGCGGAGACCGAUAAGACCUUGCAGCGCGUCAUCCGCGAGGACUUCAAGUGCACGACCAUCACCAUCGCGCACCGGAUCGAGACGCUGCUGGACUACGACAAGGUGGCGGUCCUCGACAAGGGCACAGUGGUCGAGUACGACAGCCCGCAGGCGCUGCUCGGACGGCCCUCCGAGUUCCAGAGGCUCGCCCAGGAGGCGGGUGCGAAGGGUGGCACCGCGGGCCCGGAGGCGGGCUCCACGGGCCGGUGAGGCCUCCCGCGGAAGAGCGCGCAGCACCCUCGGAAGCCCUCCUGCUCUCCAGACCCCUUGGGGUCAUAAAAAAUUCGCGACAGAAGGCUUUUC